AUGGCGGAAACAAAGCUGUCUAAAAAAAAGAAUACAAAAAUAUUAAAUAAAAAACAAUUGAAAUAUAUUAAAUAUGGAUGUAUGCUAAUUAAAGAAAUAGAUACUAUUAAUAUAUUUUAAAUAGGUGGAGACAUUACCAUAGAUAUAAAUUAAAUAUUAAAUGGAGAUCAUAUAAAUGCGAUAUCUACUAUGAAUGAAUUUAUUAAGGUUAAAAAAGUGAAUUUAUGCAAUUAAUCGAAAUUUUUAGAGAUUUAUCUGGAUGGAGAUGUUUAUAUGAGAAACGAUUUAUCACUUCCUCUUAAAUUACUUAAAGAUAGUCAUUAAAAAGAGCUUUUUCAUCUUGCUGAUGUGAUGGAAUAAUAUCAAUAAAUAUUAUAUAAAAAAUAAUUUGAAGACAAUAAGUAGAGCUCAGAAUAGCAAACUUAAGAAAUUAUUAUUAAAAUGGAAAAUAAUCUUAAUGAGCCAGAAUGUGAUGAAUUCCAUGGAUGGAACUUUGAAAAGAGUACAGAAAAGGCAGAAAAAGUAAUGAAUGAUAUUAAUUAAUCUUUGAAUAAUUAAGAGCAUUUUUACGCCUUUAUUCUGUUUAAAGGGGAAAAGAAUGAUUAAAUCAAACAAAGAAUUUGUUAUUCUACUUAUGUUUUGAGAGAUUUUGUAUGCUUAAAUGAUGAAUAGAUUUCUUAUAUUGCUUUAAGAAAACCAAUAGUAUCUAUAUACAAAUAUAAACAUUAGUAUGUUGAUUAUUUGUUUAAUAGAAUUAAUUGUUAAAUUAGACUACUAAAAUAAGGAAAAAGCGAUUUAGACUGUUUCAGAAAAGGACUUACUUUUUUAGGAUAAGAAACAGUUGAUUAUAUAAGUAUUGAUAACCUAAGUGUUAAAGUAAACUAAGUUUAAUAUUUAUAUGUUUUAAGCAACUAUAAAUAUAAAAUGGAUGACACAUUAUUAUUAAUCAAGUGGCUUCCAAUAGCCAAUCAAUCUGCUUCUUAAGUUUUAUAAGGAAUGAGAGAUUUAAAAAAAUAUUUAAAUGAACAAUAAAACUAGCAACUAAAUCCAUUACUAAAUGGAUCAAUAUACAAUGAUUAAAAGUAUUUAAAAUAGUCAUAAUUAUUCCGUGAAAAAUACUAUUCUAUAAUUGAUAAUUACAUGUAUCAUGAUUUUUAAGAAUUCCUAUGA